AUGCGUUUCACCACCGCCGCUGCUGUUCUGGCCACCUCGGUCCUCGCCCAGGAGCCCGUCUCCACCGACUACACCACCGAGUUGGUCACCAUCACUGCCUGUGCUGCCUCCAUCACCAACUGCCCGGCCCGCCACCAGACCACCUCCGUCCAGACCAACUACAUCCCGUUGACCACCUCUACCUUCUACGUGACCAACGUCCACACCAUCACCUCUUGCGGCCCUGAGGUUACCAACUGCCCGGCUCACAGCACCGUCCUCUCCACCGAGGUUGUCCCUACCUCCACCGCUGUCGGCCCGGUCUCUGCCUACCCCACCGCUGCUCCCACCACUCAGGUCUGGUCCAACGGCACUGCUCCUUACAGCUCUGUCGUUGCUCCUCCUCCCUACUCUGCUCCGGCCGCUCCCCAGAGCUCCGCCGCUGCCGUCUCUGUCCCCGCCGUCUCUAUCCCGGCUCAGCUCCCCACCAGCGGUGCUGCUGCUCCCACUGGCGGUGCCCCCGUCAGCUCCGCCGCCGCUCAGUGCCCCGGCAGCUCCGUCGUCGCCGUUACCAAGAGCUACACCACCGUCCUGACCUCUGUUGAGUACCAGACCGUUGCCGUCCCUUGCCCUACCGCCCCUGCUGGUGGCAACCCCGGUGCUGGUGCUCCCUCUGGCACUGGUGCUGUUCCUCCUCAGCCCACUGGCCCUGCUGGCAACGGAACCUCUGUUCCUCCUCCCGUUAACGGCGCUGCUUCCUUCACUGGCUCCGCCGCUUUCGCCGCCAUUGCCGGUGCCGUCGCUCUGUUCCUUGCUUAAAUCAUUUCCUUGUAACUUUUUCUUGAGUUAAAAGGCCUGCGGGACAUGGCAACAUACACACGACAGGCAUCCCUCUUGAGAUCUGGUUGGACAUGUACAGAGAGUUGGACUAGAACUUAUUUUCAAUAAUACUAGAGUUUUACGGCAAACAUGGGAUUAUACCCCCUUGGAGUGUGUACUUAAUAUUCUAAUCGCGCGGGCGUUCGCGGGGACGAUCUCGUCAGACAACCGACUGCGGGUCCUGUCCUGGAUGUCUUUUUUGAACGAAGCAUUUUUUUGGUCACGAACUGAGAUAUCAAACUAUUUAACGACUGUGCUUUUUCUUAGCCUUUUCUUCAAGAAUAUUUUUUACCUUUAUAAAUUUCAUUGCCC